AUGUCCCUCACUCGCCUCGCCCUCCGGCGUCUCCCCCGCUCCGCCAUCCUCUCCCCCUCCACCCGCUCAGCCCACACAUCCAUCCCUCAGCCGCCCGCCCCUCUGAAAUCCUACCAGCCCAAACCGUCCGACCCGGAAGAGCAGCAGCAAUCGCCCAAUGUCCCCGGCACAUGGUCGACGUCGCAAAACCCCAAGAAGUUUGUGUUUGACGGGCCGCGUUUCGAGCAGACGGAUCUGAGCCUCCAGCCGAAUGGGCUCUCGGCGAUGGGGAUGGUGCAGGAGGAUCCGGUCAGGAUGGUUAAUGGAAGAAGGGCGAGCUGUGAUGGAGGUGGUGGACCCCUUGGACACCCAAAAGUCUUCAUCAACCUUGACAAGCCAGGACCUAAAGCAUGCGGCUACUGCGGGAUUCGAUUCGAGCAGGCUCAUGCUGCACACUAG